AUGGUAAAUAUCACCGAUUCCACGUGUGACUUUGGACUCGCGUACACAGAGGACGGAUGCACUCGAACACUGGCAUCUUACGACAUUAGUGCGUACCGUACUGUCCAAGCCGUUUAUCUGGCAUUAGGAGGUAUUAGCGUCGCUGCCAGUGUUGUUCUUUAUAUUCGCUCCGUAAAACAUGAAGGUGCUUUGCUCCAACAGUAUAGCUUCCUGUUUUGCUGUUAUGGUGCUGUGACCAUGGUCAUCCGUGGCGCUGAUCCACUUAGCUAUGGAUAUGUGAUCCCGCGUCCGAUUAGUGCCUUCCUCGCCGAUACGUGCACCGCUGCCCUCUACUCCGUGUACAUCAUGGCUCUGGGUUACUGGGCCACCAUAAUCCAACGCGGCGCAGCGGUGACCGACAAGCCUCCGCAUCUUGUAUGUUUAGAAAGCAUUGCUAUCGCCGUUGUAUGGACAUUCCAGGUCUUGUACGACAUGUGCCUCUUCCUGUCCAAAGGUUUUAACCCACAAGGCCUAGUCUACAUGCAGCUCACCGUGAGUGCUUGCAUGCUGGGUAUCAUCAGCACCGUUUUCCUUAUUUACGGACUACGUGUGUUAAACCGUCUCCAGCAGUACGAGCGACAGCUGAAGCUUCGCAUGCCGAUGACGACGAAGACGGCUCCCCCUGCGGUGCAUCGAAAUCGAAAAACGCAUCCUCGUCCACAGGAGGGCCACGCUGUUAAGAUCAAGAAAAUUCUGUUUGUGGUCGAGACGUGCUCGCUCGUCGUUGUGGCCGCUCAGAUGUACAUGGCUAUUCAACGCACAAGCACCCCGAUCGAGUUGUUUUGCGCGAACGGCAGGUUGUGCGAAGACGUUAAGUGCACCGUAAACCUGCUUCACGUCUUUCAGGUCAUGUGUAUCUGGGUCAUUCUAUGGACCUUCCGCAAGAUUCAAAAGAAGGCAGUUGUCCCGAGGCCGCAACACGUCGCUUAA